UACGAGCUGUUUUCCAGCAGUCAAGAUGGCGGCGCCCUGGAUAGGAAAGAAUUAGAAUACUACUGUUUUAGAGAUGCACGUGUGUUAUAAUGUUCUGUCAAUAAAAUAUUUUGUUUGUGUGGAUCUGAGGACUGUAGUUGUUUAGUCAGACAAAGUAUGGCUCUUUUGGGACACAUCGGUAGGAAUGUUAGCGUUUUUGUUGGUCGAGUACGGACACGGGUGGCGUGUGUCAAGAACUUCAAGGACUUGUCAAUUCAGCCUGAUGUGCGGUUGUCAAGCAUAGCUGCUCCCGCCUCUGCAAGUGCUGUUCUUGACAACGAUAACGAGGUCGUUAGUGAGAAGUUCAUUAACAGGAAUCCCCGCAACCUGGAGCUGCUGGCCCUGGCAGUGAAGGACCGGGGCUGGCGCACCGUGUGGCCCUCCAGACAGCACUGGCACAGAGUGGUCCUCUCCCGCUCCCAGAAGCACGUCACCGCCCAGGUGCUGUCCGGCGACCCCGCCUCCCUCUCCCGCCCCGUCGUCUCCGCCUCCACGCAGGAGUGGGCCGUGAAGAAGCACCUGGGCCCCACCUGCGGCGUCUCGGCCUGCGAGAAUAUCGGUCGGGUCUUGGCCCAGCGCUGCCUGGAAGCCGGGAUCCGGCACGCGACAUUCCGAGCCAUCCCCUGGGAGUUCCGAUCCCAGUCCGUUCAAAAGUUUCGUGAUGCCCUGAAAGAAGGGGGCCUGAUUCUCAGCGAGCCGAGACGCAUCUACAAAUGAAGAGACGUGCAGACAGAGCCCCGUCAUCUUUCCUCUCUCUUUCUGUGGUGUAGAGAGCACUGUGGACUAAACUCAGUAAACACACUUUUUACAUCU